AUUGACUCAUGUCAGUCAUUAAUCUAUGAUGAUCAAAUGGAGGAGUUUGUAAGAAAACUGGUGAAGAAGUCUGAUUUAAGUUUGUUGACAAAGGGGACAAUUAAAAAAGCAUACAAAAAUAAAGUUGGUCGGGAAAUUACAGCUGAUGAAAAAAAUACCCUGAAUCUAGUUUUAAAGAAUAUUCUGACUGAUAUCAAUCAACAUGGUGGAGAUAAGGAAAAUGCUCAAUCUCUUGCCUCACCUUUAAAAAGAGUAGAAUCCCUAGGAAAACAUUCACCUGUUAAAAAGAAAGAAAAAUCUGCUGUGACUCUUCAGAGUCCCAGAAGUAAGAAAACAUCAAGGACCUCUUUGUCACCUAAACUGAGGGUGGAUGAAGUGGUAGAUGCUGUAAUGAAAUCAAGUGAUGAUGAAGACAAGGAGAUGGAAGAUGAACCAGCACAUGUAUCACCUCAGAAAAAGAAAUCUCCAUUGAAGAAAAAGUCUCCUGUAAAGAAAGCAAAACAAAAUGUUAAAAAGAAAAAUAUUGAUAGAAUAGAAGAUGUAGUUAUUGCUGUUCUGGACUCUGAGAGUGAAGGUGAUGAUGAUAAUAAUCGGGAUGUUUCAGAUGAAGAUGAAAAUGCUGAGGAUUCUGAUGAGGAUAAAAAUGAGGUUGAGAAAGAGCCUUCAUCAGAUGAGUCAGACAGUGAAUCUGAAUAUGAGCCUUUUAAAGAUGAGUCAAAAUUCAUUUCACCCAAAAAAGCUUUGAAGAAAAAUCAGUCACCAAAGAAAGGGGUAAAUCAGAAAAAAAGGAAGAGGUACAGUCUAAGUUCUGAUAGUGAUGUUGAGGAUGUGAAGAUUUCUGAGAAAUCGAGUGAAGACUCUUCUAGUGAAGAAGAACGUGUUGGGACUAAGAAGUCUGUUAAAAGAAAGAAGGUCAUAUCUAGUGAUUCUGAACAGUCUGAGGAAGAAGCUAAACCCAAACGGCAGAGGAUACUUCCAAGUGAGAAGAAUAAAAUCUUCGAGGACGAUUUCGACAGCGAAGCAGAGAAUAAACCUAGCAGAAGUAAAAGUACCUCAGGUGGAAAGACAAAAAGCACUGUGUCAAAAAAAAUUAAAACUGUAGAAAGAAGUAUUUUCAGUAUCACUGAAGGAUCAAGUUCUGAGGAUGAAGGUAUGUCUUUAGCACAAAUUAGAAAGCUGUCAUCUUCCAGUCAGGAUAGUUGUAAAGGGGAUAAAACUCAGUCAGAAUCAGAUGUGAAGAAAAACAAGAAGAAGAAUGAAAAAAAAGAUAUGCAGGACAAACAGAAAUCCAAGGCCUCUCACGGUAAACACUCAAAGAAAGCAGAGAGUAAAACAAAUGUGGCAGGCAAGAAGACCACAAACAAAAGUAAAGGAAAGAUUCAAAGAAAGAAGAAAAAAGUGAUAGAUUCUGAAGAUGACUCGGAAGACAUGGAGAUAAUUUCUAAAGACUCAAAUUCUGAAGAGGAUGUCCCCCUAUCUGUACACAGAACAACACCACCAUCAAGUGUUAAAGAGGCUACAGUAGAGUCAGGGAAAGACGACUCUGAUUCAGACCAAGACAUGCCCCUAUCUGUACACAGAAAGACUUCAUCAUCAAGUGUUAAAGAGGCUACAGAAGAGUCGGGGAAAGAUGACUCUGAUUCGGACCAAGACGCACCCCUAUCUGGACACAGAAAGACACCAUCAUCAAGUGUUAAAGAGGUUAGAACACAGUCAGGGAAGGAUAAAAUGGAUCAGGGUUCAGAUAGUAGUUCAGAUUCUGAGAGUGAAGCUUCAACAAAGAUGACUUCUCCUGUCCAAAAGAUAAAGAAAUCAAAAACAACUACAGGUUCAGACAGUAGUUCAGAUUCUGAGAGUGAAGCUUCAACAAAGAUUACAUCUCCUGUUCAAAAGAAAAAGAAAUCAUCAAAAACAACUACAAAGGGUUCAGAUAGUAGUUCAGAUUCUGAGAGUGGAGCUUCAGCAAAAAUCCCAUCUCCUGUUCAAAAGAAAAAGAAAUCAUCAAAAGAAACUAAAAAGAUUUCCCCAAGUGAUGGUAAAGAGGAAAGUGCUUGGGUGAAGGAGUUACGGAAAAUCUGUAGGGCAGUGGGGAUCUUAGUCACAAACACUCGACAUCUGUCUGGGUGCACUACUGAAAACCAGAAAAUUAAUAAACUGAAGCAGCUAUUGAGGGAGGCAGGCAUGGAAGGCAGACCAAGUAUGAAAAAAGUGGAAGAGGUGAGACUAAUGAAGGAGGCUGCUGAGCUAGAUACACACAACAUUCUUAAAGUGGAAGGAAGAGGGAAAAGAAAAGUGAACAGCUUAUUUUCAAGGUCAGAUAAUUCUCCUAAGGUCAAGGCCACACCACCAAGAGAAAAGUUCAGUAGAUUGAGGGACAUCAUAGAUAGUGACUCUUCUGACUGAGGAGGUUAGUCAAGUAGAGGGGAUGGAGAGCCAUUAUGUGGAUACCCUGCAGAGCCAAGGAUAAUUUGACUUUGCGGUGACAUUGGGUGCAGCUACAAUAGAGGAUAGCCAAUUACAUUCCUACCUCCAAUUACAGUUUAGACACAACCACUGAAGGAUGAAUAUUGUUAUAAAGAUCAUUAAUUCUGCACCGGAGUUUGAAAACUUUAAACAGAACUUUAUUCAUCUGUUGUAGUUUUUGAACAUAAAGAAUUUUAAAUGGCUAUCAGAAUGGACAAUGUUUACAUUCGCUCUUUUGAAGUGCAAGUUGUGAAAGAUUUGGAUUGUAUUUUUUAGAAUGAUUAAAGCUUUAGAAAAUUGUA